UUUCAUGUAAUUAAGCGCAGUAGCUUAGCUUUGAGGUGCCACAUCACAAACUAUGGAAUGUAUACGGAGGAAAAUGAAGACUGCUGUUGUUCUGAAUACAUUGGCAACAGUUGUCUGGUGUGCCUUUCCGCGCUGCGACCCUAAAGACGAAUUUCUAGGUCGUUUUUGCAAAGAACCAGAACCGGAAAAACCCAAGUGCACAGACAUCAUGAUGAGCUACUGCGACGACAUGUCCUACACCCACACCAUGUUCCCCAACAUCCUGGGCCACAGGAGCCGCGAGGAGGCCGAGCUGGGCCCCGAGUAUCUGCUCAUCAGCGUGGUCCACAACCUGCUCAAAGGAAAGUGCACCCCAGACAUCCGUCUGCUGGGAUGCUCAGUGCUGGUGCCUCGCUGCGAGAAGGAUAAGACGCUCAAGCCAUGCAGGAGUACGUGCGAGGCCGUGAGGAGGAGCUGCCUCCACUUGUUUGAGGGCAUUGAGAUGGCCUGGCCCUACUUCAUGGACUGUGACCGCUUCUUCGUCAGCGACCAGGAGGGCUGUUACGACCCGCUGGAGGGCCUUCGAGCCACACAGGAUGAAGCCCAGGCCAACAUAUACGAUGCGCCGGAGGACCCACACACCGUCAUCCAGUUCGGCUACCACUCCAACGCCCAGAUGAACGGCGUCCUGAAGAAGACGGCCGAGCGGUGCCCCAACAUCGCCACCACCUACAGCAUCGGCCGCAGCGUGGAGGGCAGAGACCUGCUGGUGAUCGAGUUCUCCAACAACCCGGGUGUUCAUGAGCUGUUAGAACCCGAGAUGAAAUACAUCGGCAACAUGCAUGGCAACGAGGUUCUGGGUCGGCAGCUGUUGAUCUACCUGGCCCAGUACCUUUGUUCAGAGUACCUGCUGGGGAACCCCCGCAUUCAGACCCUGAUCAACACCACACGCAUCCACAUCCUGCCCUCCAUGAAUCCGGACGGCUACGAGCUGGCCGCCGCCGAGGUGCAGGGCGCCAACGACCCCGAGAACGACGAGACUUACAGUCACGGCUGGACCUUGGGUAGAGAAAACGCCCAGAACAUUGACCUGAACAGGAACUUCCCUGACCUGACCAACAUUGCCUACAGCCGACGCAGGCACAGGCGUUUCCGUAGUGACCACAUCCCAAUCCCAGACUCUUACUGGUUUGGUAAGGUGGCCCCCGAGACAUACGCAGUGAUGAAGUGGAUCAGGUCCCUUCCCUUUGUGCUCUCAGCCAACUUCCACGGAGGGGAGCUGGUGGUGUCCUACCCCUUCGACCUCUCCAGGCACCCGCUGGAGCAGAAGAUGUUCUCCCCCACCCCGGAUGAACUGGUAUUUAAGCAGAUAGCAAGAACGUACGCUGACGCCCACGCGACCAUGUCAGGAAGUGCCGCCGAAAGAUGCGGGAGCUUUGGGAGCGCUGGUCAGGACGGCAUCAUUAAUGGAGCGCAGUGGUACAGCUUUGCGGGGGGUAUGCAGGACUUCAACUACCUCCACACAAACUGUUUUGAGGUGACGGUGGAACUGGGUUGUGAUAAGUUCCCAGCUGAGGAGGAGUUAUACACUGGCUGGCAGGACAACAAAGAGGCUCUACUCACAUUCAUGGAGUCGGUCCAUCGCGGGAUAAAGGGAAUAGUCAAGGAUGCAGACGGGAAUGGCAUCAAAGGGGCAAGGAUAUCUGUCAAAGGAAUAAGGCAUGACAUCACCACAGCCGAAAACGGUGACUACUGGCGUCUUUUAACUUCCGGCAUCCACAUCCUGACUGCCUCUGCACCGGGCUACACCAAAGCCAUGAAGAAGGUCCGCCUGCCGGCACACAUGCAGAAGGCCGGCCGGGUGGACUUCGUCCUGGAGAAGGCCACGGUGGAGCCUGAGGUCGAGGAGGACCACGACAUCCCGUCGAUGGGGACCUACGAGCGCUUCGACCCCUACAACCACUUUGAGCGCUACUCCGCCAGCGAGCAGAACCAGAACAGAGGGGAGAGGCUCGAGAAGCCAUGGUGGUGGAGCUACUUCAGCCACGCCCACGGCUCCGCCCCCACCUGGCUUCUCCGAAACGAUUAGCGCACCCCCUCCCUAGCAACAGAAUAUUGUAUGGCUCCCCCUACUCCAAUAGACCCCCUUUCUCAACCAAAAGGACUUCUCAUAUCUGUUACAGCUCAAUACUGGAACACCUAAUUCAAUUAAUCAGUGGGAAGGCAUCUUAGUUCCUGGAGCGCUGAAAUACUUCUGGAAUUCAUCCUCUUCUAAUCAGAACAACGACAAUUAACUAGCAGGUAGAAACAAAAACCAGAAAUCUGUCAGACCCGCAGUUACCUUCCCCUGGCUUAAUGAUUAGUUCAGUCAUGUGUGCUAGUGAUGGAAUAAAAUGUGCACCCCUGGAGAUAUUCCAGGAUGAGAGAUGGGAAAACUGCCCAACAGAAUUAAAGACAGGCUCCAAUUCGAGUUGAAUAUCAUUCACAUGCCGCUAUCAUGAAAGAGACACGUUUGAUUUUAGCUUUAUCAUGGUUGCCCAUGCUGUAGACUUUUCCUACCAGAAGAACCAAAACAAGAUACGUUUGUCAUAGCAAUAUGUCAGUGUAAUAAGAUGUAGUCAGAGUUAUUCCCCAUGUACUAUGAUGCUUUUCGUCCUCUUAUAAUGCUUAACUUCAUAAUGCAACGCUGUAAGGCAGAAAGGCUUCAACCCUUUCGUCUCUCCACACGCACAUAUUUUUAUAAUAAAUAUGUUUGUAAUAAAACAUAGUUAACGGAAUAAACGAUCUGUGACUAUU